ACCAAAUCUCGUUUACAACUCGUUCGUCGUGCGUUGCUGCUAACUAAUAUCCCUUUCGUCGCCAUCAUGUCCGCGAUAGGGACACAGUCAAAAGCACAGGCCAAAACAAGCCUAGAAACGAAGAACUCGCACUCCUCAGUCGGCGCACCUGCACAACAUACGCAGGGUAGCCGUAGAGGUAAAAGGGCAUGGCGGAAACAUGUCGACAUUGGGGAGAUUGAGACGGGCAUGGAAGAGCUCAGGGCGGAGGAGAGAACGCAUGGGACAUUCCUGCAGAAAAGGACGAACGACGAGCUCUUCGUGAUCGACGCCACGGGUGAUGACCGUAUCCGCGCUUCCCUCCCGAAACUCACAAGGAUCAAAUUCUCCCCCGCCUUAACCACCGCUGCAAAAAUCCUCGCACAGCGCUCUGCCGUCCCCGCUGUCUUUUCCCGCACCACGACUUCGAACACACUGAAACGCAAAUCUUCCGUGCACCUCACUCAUGAGGAGAAGGGCCGUCUGCUGAGGAUUGGCAAGAGGCCGAGGAAAGGGCCAUUCAAUUCAGUCGUGGACCAUACUGAGGCCGGCGCUGGAAGUGCCUUGCUGGAGAUGAGCGCAGCCGCUCAAGCAGCGGCAGAAGGUGCAUGGGAUGUGUGGGAAGAAAAGGAGCAGAAUGAGGAGGAUAACGAAUUGCUGAAGAAGAUGAAGAAGGUGAAGCCGAAUGUCUCGCAUCCGCGUGAAGACAUCGCUAUCCCUGCCGUACCCGCUCCGCACGCAGGUGCGUCGUACAAUCCGCUCGCAAACGCACAUGAGGAGCUGCUACGCUCGGCGAUCGAGGUGGAGGAGCGUCGCGUGAAAGAGGCGCAGCGGUUAGACGAGAUGCGGGAGAAAAUUGAACAGGGAAGGAAGGCCGCAAUAGAUGAGUGGUAUGAAGGUGGAGUGCGGGGGAUGCGGGUGGACGUGCCUGGAGAUGAGGAGGGAGAGGAAGAUGAACGUGAAGACCUGGAAGAGGUACAGGGCAUGAUAAAGAAGGCAUCAGGGAGAAAGACGAAGCAGGAUAGGCGAAAGGCGGAGAAAGUGAAAGCCGAAAAACGCGCCAUUGCUGAGCGGAUAGCGCGGAAUCGCAUGCUCGCGUCAGUCGAUAGCGCCAAAUCGCUACGAAAGGCCCUCGCCAGACAGCAGGCGACGCGGGCGGGACUUCGAGCAGAGCGGGAACAGAAGCUUAAGGAAGAGAGACAAAAGAAGGGUCUCGCGGGUACGAAAAUAGGGAAGCAUCGCGUGCCGGAGGGGGAAGUGGACGUGCAGCUUGGUGAGGAACUCAGCGAGAGCUUGCGGGCGCUGAAGCCCGAGGGCAACCUGUUCCGAGAUAGGUUCUUGAGCAUGCAGCAGCGGGCACUGGUCGAGCCAUGUGCGCUUAUCUUGCCGAGAAAACGCAAGGCGAAGAUGAAGGAGUACGAAAAACAUGCGUUCAAGCGGUUCGACCAAGAAUCCUGAUGUCCUUAGGCGGUACAAGCUUGCCGUCAUCUGAGGUUUUAGCCAAUGCACCGCGGUCUUUUACACCUGUGGGCGUCCUGGCAGCCGUUGCGCAAUCACAGCUACUGCUUCACAGGACUGACGGUGCGACUGCGUUUGCGUAAUCAACAGGCUCGUGGAUAAUCAUGCUUUCGAAUACGAAUGUAGACUGAGCAGUUGAAGCUUGUGGCUGAUCCUCACGGGUUGAAGGAACACGAACUUCUCACAAAAAGCGGAGUCAAUGAUCAUACUGUGAUCACCCACUCCGGUUGCGCUGCAGUAUGCUGUAUAUAUUUUCAAAAUUAUCCUAAAGCAAGGGGACGACCGGGAGCACGACUAAAAUGGACAUUUAGGGGAUUGAACCCUGGACCUCACGCAAAUGUCGC